AUGUCCACCCCAAAGUCCAAGCCAAUCCUAUCCCGCGGCUGGCCUGACAAGGGCGUAUACAGCUGGUCGCCCUUUGUGACAAAGGUCGAAUUCCGGUUUCGACACGCUGGGCUGGCUUACGACGUCGAAGCCGGAUCGGUCAACGCAGCGCCGAAGGGCAAAAUCCCCUAUGUGGAUCUCGGGCCCCUUCAGGAGGAUGGCCACAAUGAACCCUCUCUCUUGGGAGACUCAACGUUCAUCAUCCAGAGGCUCUUGAGCAUGGGCCACCUCCCAGAUCUGAAUGGGAGCUUGCCGGAAGAAUUGAAGCUAAAUGAUCUUGGUUUUCGAGCCCUGCUGGAAGACAAGUUAUAUUUCUACCAUAUGCGCGAGCGGUGGGUCGAAAACUUCUAUGUCCAGAGGGAAAAAGCUCUGUGGUCGAUGCCAUUUCCAGUUCGCGUCCUUGUCGGAUUGCUCAUCUAUCGAGGCGUCACGAAGACUCUGCAUGGCCAAGGAGUGGGACGGCUGACGAGCGAAGAGGUGAGAAGUUUGAAGAUGGAGAUCUGGCACUCCAUCGACAGUGUUCUCAGAAGCAGGCUACGGCAGGCUUCGGGUAGAGAUGAGCCUGUUUGGCUGCUGGGAGGAGAACGACCAAGCGAAGCCGACGCAACUUUGUUCGGUUUCAUAGUUUCUGUGCUCGUAAGUGACAGCGCGCCAGAGUCAAAAAUGCUCGUAAAAAGCUUUUCCAGCGUCUUGGCCUAUGCGGAAAGGAUACACAACAGUUACUUCCCGGAUUAUGAGAAAUGGGCAUGA